AUGUCUCAUGCUACUACCUCCAUGUCUCAUGCUACUACCUCCAUGUCUCAUGCUACUACCUCCGUGUCUCAUGCUACUACCUCCACGUCUCGUGUUAAUUCCUCCAUGUCUCAUGCUACUACCUCCAUGUCUCAUGCUACUACCUCCACGUCUCGUGUUAAUUCCCCCAUGUCUCAUGCUACUACCUCCGUGUCUCAUGGUACUACCUCCACGUCUCGUGUUAAUUCCUCCAUGUCUCAUGCUACUACCUCCAUGUCUCAUGCUACUACCUCCAUGUCUCGUGUUAAUUCCUCCAUGUCUCAUGCUACUACCUCCGUGUCUCAUGCUACUACCUCCACGUCUCGUGUUAAUUCCUCCAUGUCUCAUGCUACUACCUCCAUGUCUCAUGCUACUACCUCCAUGUCUCGUGUUAAUUCCUCCAUGUCUCAUGCUACUACCUCCAUGUCUCAUGCUACUACCUCCACGUCUCAUGCUACUACCUCCAUGUCUCAUGCUACUACCUCCAUGUCUCAUGCUACUACCUCCAUGUCUCAUGCUACUACCUCCAUGUCUCGUGUUAAUUUCUCCAUGUCUCAUGCUACUACCUCCAUGUCUCAUGAUACUACCUCCAUGUCUCAUGAUACUACCUCCAUGUCUCAUGCUACUACCUCCAUGUCUCAUGCUACUACCUCCAUGUCUCGUGUUAAUUCCUCCAUGUCUCAUGCUACUACCUCCAUGUCUCAUGAUACUACCUCCAUGUCUCAUGCUACUACCUCCAUGUCUCAUGCUACUACCUCCAUGUCUCAUGCUACUACCUCCAUGUCUCAUGCUACUACCUCCAUGUCUCGUGUUAAUUCCUCCAUGUCUCAUGCUACUACCUCCAUGUCUCAUGAUACUACCUCCAUGUCUCAUGAUACUACCUCCAUGUCUCAUGCUACUACCUCCAUGUCUCAUGCUACUACCUCCAUGUCUCAUGCUACUACCUCCAUGUCUCGUGUUAAUUCCUCCAUGUCUCAUGCUACUACCUCCAUGUCUCAUGAUACUACCUCCAUGUCUCAUGAUACUACCUCCAUGUCUCAUGCUACUACCUCCAUGUCUCAUGCUACUACCUCCAUGUCUCAUGCUACUACCUCCAUGUCUCAUGCUACUACCUCCGUGUCUCGUGUUAAUUCCUCCAUGUCUCAUGCUUCUACCUCUAUGUCUCAUGCAACUACCUCCAUGUCUCGUGUUAAUUCCUCCAUGUCUCAUGCUACUACCUCCAUGUCUCAUGCUACUACCUCCAUGUCUCAUGCUACUACCUCCAUGUCUCGUGUUAAUUCCUCCAUGUCUCAUGCUACUACCUCCAUGUCUCGUGAUACUACCUCCAUGUCUCAUGAUACUACCUCCAUGUCUCAUGCUACUACCUCCAUGUCUCCUGCUACUACCUCCAUGUCUCAUGCUACUACCUCCAUAUCUCGUGUUAAUUCAUCCAUGUCUCAUGCUACUACCACCAUGUCUCAUGCAACUACCUCCAUGUCUCGUGUUAAUUCCUCCAUGUCUCAUGCUACUACCUCCAUGUCUCAUGCUACUACCUCCAUGUCUCAUGCUACUACCUCCAUGUCUCAUGCUACUACCUCCAUGUCUCGUGUUAAUUCCUCCACGCCUCAUGUUAAUUCAAAAACUCCAGUUUUCACGUUAAUACGUCCACGUCUCAUGUUAAUACCUCUAGGUCGCAUGCUAAUACCUCGACCUCUCAUGUCAAUUUAA